AUGGCCGAGGCGCCCCCUCCGCGGGUCCCCCGCCUCCCGCCUCCUGCCUCCCGCCACCGCCGUGAGGCCGACCUCGCAGUACGAGGCCCCGCCCCCGUCCGGGCCCCGCCCCCGCCCCGAGCGCGCCCCAGGCUCGGCCCACGCGCCCCGCCCACGACCUGCGCGCGCACACAAAAGCGCGCGGCCGAUGUCAGACGGGCUAUAAGGCUCUAUGUGGCUCACACUCACCAAUAUCCUUGGUGUACUUUUUCAUUCAGUAAGAAUCAGGAUCUGGUUCAGUGUGCAAUUCCACUUGUAGUAAAAACCAGGCCCUUCAUCCUGCUGGCUGCUUCAGGAAUACUAGCCAUAGAGACACAUCAUCCCAGGAAGUCUGCUGUGUAUCAUCUCACCAAGCAGCUGUUAGAGCAAUAUCACAAGGAAGUGAGGCCAGUGCAUAACUGGACUAAGGCCACCAUCAUCCACCUGGACGUGUGUUUCCAUGCUGUGCUGGAUGUGGAUACACAGAAUCAAAAAUUAAAGACAAGCAUAUGGUACCGUGAGGUUUGGUAUGAUGAGUUUCUCUCCUGGAACUCCAGCUUGUUUGAUGAAAUUAGUGAGAUCUCCUUACCUCUGAGUGCCAUCUGGGCCCCAGACAUCAUCAUUAAUGAGUUUGUGGACAUGGAGAGAUCGCUGGAUCUUCCUUAUGUGUAUGUGAGCUCCUCCGGGACCAUUAAUAACUCCAAGCCCAUCCAGGUGGUCUCCACGUGCAGCUUAGAGACACACACUUUCCCAUUCGAUAUCCAGAACUGCAGCCUGACCUUCCAUAGCAUCCUGCACACAGUGGAAGAUGUAAAUCUGACCUUCCUGAGGAGCAGAGAAGACAUUCAGCAUGACAAGAAGGCGUUUCUGAAUGACAGUGAGUGGGAGCUUCUCUUUGUGUCCUCUGCGUACAACGUCCUGCAGAGCAGUACUGGUGAUUUCGCUCGGAUUCAGUUCAAUGUGGUGAUUCGCAGACGCCCCCUGGCCUAUGUGGUCAGCCUGCUGAUUCCCAGCAUCUUCCUUAUGCUCGUGGACCUGGGGAGCUUCUACCUCCCACCCUCCUGCAGGGCCAGGAUUGUGUUUAAGACGAGCGUGCUGGUGGGCUACACCGUCUUCAAGGUCAACAUGGCUGAUGAGAUGCCAAGGAGCGCAGUGAGCACCCCUCUGAUUGGCAUUUUCUUCACCGUCUGCAUGGCCCUGCUGCUGCUCAGCUUAGCCAUGUCCAUCCUGCUGCUCAGCCUCCUCCCCAUGGAGCACAGCUGCCGGCAGGCACAGGCCCUCCUGUGCCUUCACGGGGAUGCUGACAUGGAAACACCUGAACCAAAUGCCGGAGCCCAACCCGGUGGGGUCACAGACUCCCCUGUCUGUCCAGAGCACCAGGCCCAGGCAGGGCCCCUGAGCGAAGUCUGGGCCCAGCUCCACCUCAUCAGCAGCUCCCUCAGAGCCCGGGAGCAGGCCAAGCAGCAGGAGGUGGCUUGGCAGGCCCUCCUGGAGCGCUUUGACCACCUGCUCUUCCUGGGCUACCUUACUGUGCUGGGGCUCUACACCGUCACCCUGUGCUCCCUCUGGGUGUUGUGGAGCCGUCUGUGAGGACCAGGGGACCGUCCCCUGCACUCUCCCAACACUCAGGCAAAGCUGACACAGUUCUGGGGGGGAGACUGGAGCAGGAAGGGUGGCACAAUCCAGUGAUAAACCUUUCAUUGGGCUCAGACUGCAGAACAGAGGUGACCAAGAGUGGGGGGCAAAGGCUGAGUUACCAGAGUGAAGGUGGCAAGGGGCCCAGGGGACUUUGGUGUCAAAGGAUAUGAGUCCUUUGGUGGUGGGUGUGGAAUAGUAUCAGUGUGAAGUGGUAUCAAGUUGUCCCUCUAAAAUGUGUUUAGUCCUCAAAGCUAAAGCUGCCUCAAAAAAUGAGUAACAUCAACAUUAAAUGUUAAGUCAAAAGCUC